GGAAACACCUCCCCAGCACUACGGUUCCGCCUGCGCUGCCCCCGGCGCUGUGCGGGACAGCGGGACCGGGAGCCCCCCCUUGGAACCGUCGCACCGGACACUUCACCGCGCACAGGGCCGGGCCCCGGCGGAGGAACGGGAAGUGGCCGGGCAGGACGCGGGGCCCCGCGGGGGAGGAUGCCGGGGCUGCCCCAUGGAAGGUGACGGAGCCGCGGCUCGUCCCGGGGAGAGCCCCGUCGAGGAGGAUGGAGCCGAGGGAGCAGCAGGCGCAGAUGGGCUGGGUGCGAGCGGGACCCCCCCCCGUCUGUCUGCAGCCGGCCCCGGGCCAUGGGGCUGGUGGAGCAGAUGCGCUCACAAAGCCGUCGAGGGACGGACAGAAGAGCCCCGAGCCCUCGGCUCUUGACAGUUUCCCCUUGAAGCACUCGAACACACUGACCAACAGGCAGCGAGGGAAUGAGGUCUCAGCCCUCCCGGCCACGCUGGACACACUGUCCAUUCACCAGCUCGCUGCGCAGGGGGAACUCAGCCAGCUCAAGGAGCACCUGCGGAAAGGAGAGAACUUGGUCAAUAAACCUGAUGAGAGAGGUUUCACACCGCUGAUCUGGGCUGCAGCCUUUGGAGAGAUCGAGACGGUCCGGCACUUGCUGGAAUGGGGUGCUGACCCCCACGCGCUGGCGAAGGAGCGGGAGAGCGCCCUGUCCCUGGCCAGCAUGGGCGGCUACACCGACAUCGUCACCAUGCUGCUCGAGAGGAACGUGGACAUCAACAUCUACGACUGGAACGGUGGCACUCCUCUGCUCUAUGCCGUGCGUGGCAAUCACGUCAAGUGUGUCGAGGCCCUCCUAGCUCGCGGCGCUGACCUGACGGAAGAGGCAGAUUCUGGCUACACCCCGAUGGAUCUGGCUGUGGCCUUGGGACACAAGAAAGUCCAACAGGUUAUGGAAAACCACAUCCUCAAGCUAUUUCAGAACAAGGGGCUGGAAUGACACAGCUGCUCCUGCUGCAGCUCCAGUGCUUCUCCUGCCUGGCACAGGGCUCUCGUCUGGGAACACCGUGACCUUACCCAGCCAUUGUGGCAUGGGCAGUGGUGUGAUGCUUCAAGCAAGGAGGACAUGGAGGAAGCUGGGAACUGCCUGUCCUGGGUGCAUCAGUGCCUCUUCUGGAGGUGACACGGCCAUGGGGCCUGACACCAGGAACACUCAACUCCUCUGCUGUGUCCUGGCUCAGCUGCUGUGCUCGUGUUUGCAUUCAAACCAUGCAAACAGGUAUCAUGUCCUUGGAAUUAAACUCCAAAGCAGCCGUG